ACGUGCUCUCUUUUCUCGGAAACGUCACCCGUUUGUUUAUCUCCGUGACAGCUGUUCUACGAACUGAACCUACUACGCUAAACGCUCAGUUCCGGACCACAAAUACAAACCGGAGUGCAAGCUUGCUCGCUCGCAGUGUAGGGGAUUUCUGUGUUAUUUCUUAGUUUUUUGAGUUUUUAACGUGCUGCAUUGGGUUCAUCAUGUCCACCUCGGUCACGUGCAUCGCACCGGUCAACAUUGCCAUCAUAAAAUACUGGGGAAAGCGUGACGAUGACCUGAUUUUGCCGAUAAACGAUUCCAUCAGCGUCACCCUUUCGACGGACCACCUACGCACGAAAACAACGAUCACUGCCGGGCCCGAGAUCAGCAAGAAUGUGCUGCGCCUGAAUGGUGUUGAGGAGUCGUUUGAAAAUCCACGCAUUCAACGAUGCCUUCAGGAGGUGAAACGGAUCGCCAAAGCGUCCGGAAAGUGUUCGAAGCCGGAGAUGCUGGAGUGGAACGUGCACGUCGAGUCGGAGAACAACUUCCCGACAGCGGCAGGGCUAGCGUCAAGUGCGGCCGGGUAUGCUUGUUUCGUGUACACGCUGGCCACACUGUACGGCGUCGAGAGCGAAGAGUUGAGUGGAAUAGCACGCAUGGGAAGUGGUUCCGCCUGUCGCAGCCUUCAUUCGGGGUACGUACAGUGGGCGCGCGGGGAACGCGCCGACGGUUCCGACUCGCUGGCAAUCCAGCUGGCACCGGCCUCGGCCUGGCCGGAUAUGCAUGUACUGAUACUGGUGGUUAGUGAUCGCAAGAAAGCUACCGCUUCCACGCACGGUAUGGCGACCAGCGUCAAAACCUCGGACUUGCUGAAGCAUCGUGCUUCCGUGUGCGUCCCAGAGCGCGUAAAGUUGGUGCAAAAGGCUAUCGCUGAGAAAGACUUUGACACAUUCGGCCGCAUCGCCAUGAAGGACAGCAAUCAGUUCCACGCGAUCUGUCUCGACACGUAUCCGCCGUGCUUCUACCUGAACGAUGUGUCACGCUCCAUCAUCCGUAUGGUGGAUCAGAUCAACAAUCUCGCCGAACCGAAUCUCGCACCGGUAAAGGUGGCUUACAGCUUCGAUGCCGGUCCGAAUGCGUGCCUGUUUCUGCUGGAAAAGGAUGUGGCGGAAGUGUCGGCUAUUGUACGGCGUGUUUUCCCCUUCACCGGCACCUCGGCGGAAGAGUAUUACAAAGGCAUUCCGAACGAUGAACCGGCGAUGGCAGCCAUUCCAUCGACUGUGCUGGACUCGUUCGCACCGGAGGAACCGAAUCUGUUGCGUUACAUCAUUCACACCAAGGUUGGGGAAGGGCCGAAGCGCGUUGAUUAGGUGUGGCGUUGAUUAGGUGUGGCGUUGUAACUUGUUGAUUGUUGAUCGAAUAUUACUCUCUUCCAUUUUUAUUA